GGGUCCUCGCGGUUCGCCGACACUGCGCGGAGCGCCCUGUACAUUUUCUUCAUUAAGUUCUCGAAACAGUCCCUCGGGAGGAGUCUCAUUUGAAGUCCGUGUGGAGACGCAGGUCACGUCCCCGAGUUUGCACCCGCCGGUGGUGUGUCCGGGAUGGGGGGAGCCCGCAGCCGCGGUGCUACCGGCCUCCGGGUCCGAGUGCAGGGUCGCUCGCGGUACGCGCUUCCUCGGCCGGGCGCGGGGCCGUGGAGGGUGGGAGUCGGCUUUGUAGCGGAGGCUCUUCGGCCGUUGCCCCGCGUCAGUUCCAGGUGGUGCGCGCACCGCCGGCUCCCAGCACACCCGGCCCGCGUCAGCCUUUCUCUGGAGUUUUGGACCUGUAAAUCCCAAAGCUCUGAUUCUUCCCUUGUAAAUCUGAAAUUCAGCAUGUACCAAAACGGCUUUUAAUUUUUACCCUUAGAUGGAGGUUUGAUCCUUCAGAGUGGGUGCCGGGUCCUCAUCGCAGUAGCUGGGGCCAACCUUGGCUUCUCGUCCCAGAUCUGAUUCAUCAGCAGAUGCUAUUGACGAUGCCUCUGAAAUGCAUCUAGGAUCUGAUCCCUUGCCACCGGCUCCCACCACUCUGGUCCAAGAUACUGCCGUCUCUAGUGGAUUGCUGCUGGAGCCUUCCCGCUUACGCUCCCCAGCUCCACCCCGUCUCUUCUUAGAGCAGCAGCUGGAGAGGCCACACGGCAGGUCACUGCCCAGAUCUUCAGGAUACCUCCCAACUCAUUCAGAGUAAAAGCCCAUGUCCUGUAGCCUAUGAGGCACCCCUCCCUCCUCUCUCUUGCCCUCCCCUAAUCCACUUCAGCCCCUCUGGUCUCCUUGCCCUUACUUGAACACAUCAAGUGGGCCUCACACCCUUUGCCCUUGUGCAUUCCCCUUCCUGGAACUGAUCUCCCUUAAUGUCCACACGGUGCCUGCCCUCACUCCAUCCAGACCUCUGCUUUGGUGUUGCUUUAUCAAAGUUGCCUUCCCUGGCCAUCCUGUGUAAAAUAUCUCCUACCACCAGCUGCUGCCCUCAUGCUGUUCAUUCUUCCUAUCCCUUAUCGUCACCUGACACAGGCUUUUGUUUGUCAACGGCCCUAUUUGCUUGCACACCGCCUUAGGUAGGUGCCUGGUCUGCUUGUUCUCAGCUGUUUGCCCACUUUCCAGGACCCUCAAGGUGGUCCUGAGAUGCAGCCUAUUGUCUGCCCUGGCCAGGUGCAUUGCUGGAGCCAUCAUAUAGUGGCCUUAGGAUGCUGUUGUACCAGGGGCUGCUGUGGAAGCCUUGUGGUGGAGAAGGGAAUAUAGUCUCAGAGACCACUGGGUGUUUAGUUCCUCUGCCCUUCCCAGGGCUUUCUGGCAGCCGCAGACUUGGUCUCUGCUGCCAUAGACCUCUUGAGAUCUAGGCACAGAAGUCUCAGUGCUGCUGUGAAAAGCAGACUGGUCACACUCCAUUACAGCCUUCCCUCUCCCUGCAGUUUUGCCCACCUCCUUGGGACAAGCUAAGAGAUGCAGCGAUGGCCGUCAAAGAUCCCCUUCCUCCUGGGCCUCAGGUUUUGGUUUCUUUUGAGGAAGUGGCUGUGUUCCUUUCCCGGGAGGAGUGGGGCUGUCUAGGCCCGGCUCAGAGGGGCCUCUACAGUGAUGUGAUGCUGGAGACCUACAGAAACUUGAUCUCACUGGGACUUCAAGGUUCCAAACCUGAUGUCAUCUCCAGGCUGGAGAAGGGGGAAGAGCCAUGGGCCCCAUACUCACCGAGAAUUGAGGAAGGCUGGAUCUGGAGUCAUGGGAGUGAAAGUUUUGAGUCUCGGACAGGAAAGAGGGGAUUGACUCCAAGACAGGAAAUUUCCAAAGCAGUGGGGUCCCAGAGAGCAAAAUCAGAAGAACAUGUAAAGAAUAUUUCCAAGGAACCUGAUUUUGAAGAGAUGAGUAAAACUGAGGGAAAAUUAAAGAACUGCUGGAGAAAAUCUGCAGAGGAAGGGUUUAAGAAAUCCUUCUCCCAGAACAACAGUUCUGGGCCAGUGACAUUGACACAUAUGAAAACCCCAAUUAGAAGGGAAGGCCAGAAAUCCAGUUCUGUGGAGGUAAACUGCACUGCAGACCCAAACCCGUUUGGAUUUCAUAGAGCAUCUAGAGGGAAGAGUCUCCACCAGAAUGUGCCGUGUAUGGAUGACUAUCAGCAAAGCCAGGACCUCACUAAUCGCCAGUGUUUCUCCCCAGAAGAAAGAGCCUGUCAGACAGAUGUGUGUGUGAAAAUGCCCAGGCAGAGUUCAGUUCUUAGUGAGAAUCAGAGGGUUAACAAUCCAGAAGAAUCCUUUGAGUAUAAUGAGUGUGGAAAACCUUUCAGCCUGAGUAGAGCUCUUUCUCAGCAUCAGAGAAUUCAUGCUGGAGAGAAGCCCUGUGAGUGUGAUGGGUGUGGAAAAAUUUCUCAGCACUGCUCUGUCCUAAGCCAGCAUCAGAGAGUUCACUGUGGAGAGAAGCACCAUACCUGUGCUGAGUGUGGCAAAUCUUUCAGGGAUCAUUCCUAUUUCAUUCAGCACCAUAACACUCACACUGGAGAAAGACCUUAUGAGUGCAGUGAAUGUGGGAAAGCUUUCAGUGUACGUUCAUCUUACAGUCAACAUCUUAAAAUACAUACUGGGCAGAAACCUCAUGAGUGUCAUCAAUGUGGAAAAGCCUUUAGUCAUAGCUCUAACCUGAUUCAUCAUCAGAGAAUUCAUAGUGGAGAGAAACCGUACAAGUGUAAGGAAUGCGGGAAGGCUUUCAGUAGACACUCUCACCUCCUUCAGCAUGAGCGAACUCAUUCUGGAGAGAAACCUUAUAACUGUACUGAAUGUGGCAAAGCCUUCAGUGCACAAUUAUCUCUCAUUCAGCAUCAGAGAACUCACACAGGAGAAAAACCCUAUGAAUGCAUUGAAUGUGGGAAAUCCUUUAGCUUGAACCGAACCCUUACUGUUCAUCAGAGAAUUCACACUGGAGAGAAACCCUAUAAGUGUAACGAAUGUGGAAAAUCCUUCAGUCAGCGCUCCCAAGUCAUUCAGCACAAGAGAAUUCAUACUGGAGAGAAGCCUUAUGUCUGCAAUGAGUGUGGAAAAUCAUUCAGUGCUCGCCUGUCCCUCAUCCAGCAUCAGAGAAUUCACACUGGAGAAAAACCUUACGGAUGCAGUGAGUGUGGGAAAACCUUCAGUCAGAAGGGACAUCUUAUUCAGCAUCAGCGAAUUCACACUGGAGAGAAACCCUAUGAGUGUAAUGAGUGUGGAAAAGCUUUCAGCCAGAGUUUUAAUCUUAUUCAUCAUCAAAGAACACACAAUGGUGAGAAGCCCUAUGAAUGUAAUGAGUGUGAUAAAGCCUUCAGUGUGCUCUCUUCCCUUGUUCAACAUCAGAGAGUCCAUAAUGGUGAGAAGCCCUAUGAGUGUCACAAAUGUGGGAAAGCCUUUAGCCAGGGCUCACACCUCAUUCAGCACCAGAGGAGCCACACCGGAGAGAAACCCUACGAAUGUAACAAGUGUGGGAAAACCUUUGGGCAGAUAUCCACCCUAAUUAAGCAUGAGAGAACACACAAUGGAGAGAAACCCUAUGAGUGUGGUGACUGUGGGAAAGCCUUCAGCCAGAGUGCACACCUUGUCCGCCAUCGAAGGAUUCACACUGGAGAGAAUCCCUACAAGUGCAGUGACUGUGGGAAGGCCUUCAAUGUCCGCUCCUCUCUCGUGCAGCAUCACAGAAUUCAUACUGGGGAGAAGCCUUAUGAAUGUGAGAAGUGUGGCAAGGCCUUCAGUCAGCAGUCACAGUUUAUUCAGCAUCAGAGGAUUCACACUGGAGAGAAGCCCUACAUGUGCAAUGAAUGUGAGAAAGCCUUCAGUGCACGCUUAUCCCUUAUCCAGCACAAGAGAAUUCACACAGGAGAGAAACCUUACAAAUGCACUGAAUGUGGAAAGUCCUUCCGACAAAGCUCUCACCUUAUUCGACAUCAGAGAGUUCACAGUGGAGAGCACCCUUAUGUGUGUAAUGAAUGUGGGAAAACUUUUAGUCAGAAAAUAACUCUUACUAGUCAUGAGAAAACUCACACUGGAGAGCAGGCCUAUGAGUGUAUUAAAUGUGUGGAUCUCUUUAGUGCACAGGCAGCUUUCAUUCAGCACCACAAAGUUCAGAGUGGAGAAUAACUGCUUUAUUCAAUAAAGUCUUCACUGUUGUACGUCAGGAGCAGUA